AUGCCCUUCACCACCGGAGAAGAGAACUUGCUUCGGCUGAACCAAGGGAGUUUUGACUUCAACAUCCAGUUCGAGCAAUUAUUCUUCUCCAUCAUUCCGUCCGCUUUGUUCAUCGUAACAUCAGUAUGGCGGACACUUUACCAGGCACGGAAGCCCAACGUGGUGAAUGCGCCGAUUUUCCAAUUGAUCAAAUUGGGUGCUAUUACAACCUAUGUCGGACUUGAACUUUCACUCCUGAUAUUAGUUGCGGCCGGGUCUUUCCAUGUAACCAAAAUGUUCAUAGCUUCCUCGGUCCUCAACCUUGUCUCAGCCCUACUCAUGAUCACACUGAGUGUUGUUGAUCAUAGCAAAAGUCUAAGGCCAUCUGUACUGCUAAGCAGCUACUUGUUCUUGACUCUUUUUCUAGACGUGGCUCAGGCAAGAACGCUGUUUCUGUCAUCAGAUGACAAGCCUGAAUUAAGUUAUAGCAGUAUCUUCGUCGCUGCUAUAGCUCUGAAGACCGGGAUCUUACUAUUAGAAGCCCAGCAAAAGUCUAGAUGGGUGGGCUGGGACGAGAAGGAGCAUAGCCCAGAAGAGACGAGUGGCAUCUUUUCUUUGGGAGUGUUUUUCUGGCUUAACAAGAUGUUUUUGGUUGGCUAUAACAAAGUCAUGACAAUUGGGGACCUUUACCCUCUGGAUAGCUCCUUCAACGCCAGACCGCUUCACGAUAAGUUUCUGAAGAACAUGGAUUACUCUAGGUUGAAGGGUGACAAAUUUGGUCUAGUGAAGGUGCUUAUGCGCACACUAAAAGUUCCUCUUCUACUUCCCAUACCUGCACGUCUGGCACUUCUUUGCUUCACAUUUUGUCAACCGCUUUUUCUUGAAAAGCUGUUGGAUUACCUAUCCAAGACUGAACUCGACCCGAACGUCGGAUACGGAUUUAUCGGCGCGAGCUUGCUUAUCUACUCGGGACUUGCUAUAUCAACGGGAUUCUAUUGGUACUUCCACCACCGAAUGCGUACUAUGUCUAAGUCAAUACUAGCUACGGAGAUCUUUAUCAAAGCCACAGAAGCUCGUAUCGGAACUAGCGAUGACAGUGCUGCGGUAACUUUAAUGAGCACAGACAUGGAGAGAAUCGACGCGGGUUUGAGAAAUCUACAUGAGACUUGGGCGAGCAUAGUUCAAGCGGCUCUCGCCGGGUGGAUGUUGUACGUCCGAAUUGGUAUACCGUUCGUCGUACCAGUGGGAGUUGUUAUAGUCUGUUUCAUCGGCUUAGGGAUCCUGAUAAAGUUCACGGGGGAUUCCCAGAGGUCCUGGAUGGCAGGUGUCCAGAAGCGGGUGGGCUUAACGGCCACAGUCAUUGCUAGUAUGAAGAACUUGAAGAUAUCUGGCCUCUCAAUUACCAUAGGCGAUUUUGUGCAGAAUCUACGUGUGCAAGAGCUAGCGGCUGGAUCCCGAUUCCGCAAAAUAGUCAUCAUUGCGGCACUUUUUGGUUUCAUUCCGCUAUUGAUCAGCCCGCCAUUAACAUUCGCAUUUACCCAAAGAACCUUCGAUGCCUCGACGAUGUUCACUAGUCUUUCUUUCCUUACGCUCUUGACCAACCCGCUGUCACAGGUCUUUCAAUCUAUCCCCCAGCUUGUCUCCGGAUUGGCUUGUUUAGGCCGAAUCCAGGCCUUCUUGGAGUGCGAGACUCGUCAUGACUUCCGCCAAGUUCUUGGUGACACAAGUCGAGAUAUUGAAAAAUCCGGAGCAGAAACCGAAACCUUGUCUGAUUCUGAACCGGACUUCCUACAUCCUCUCGUUAUCAAGCGCGGGAAUUUUGGCUGGGAAGAAGACAAUUUCGUCUUGAGGGAUGUUAGUACUCGGGUACCCAAGUCCUCACUAACUAUUGUUGUCGGGCCUGUUGGUUCUGGGAAGACCACGCUAUGUAAGGCAUUGCUUGGAGAGAUACCUUUCAGCGAAGGUAGCGUGGUUUUAGGGACCAGAUUUCCUCAUGUUGGAUUCUGCGACCAAACAGCAUUCCUCUCGAACGGGUCGAUCAAAGACAACAUUAUGGGAUUCUCUCCGCAUAACAAUGAGAGGUAUGCCGAAGUCAUUAAGGCUACCUCCCUGGACUUUGAUCUUGCCACACUACCGCAGGGGGAUAAAACGAAUGUCGGCUCGGAUGGAAUCGUCCUGUCUGGAGGCCAGAAACAACGGGUUUCCCUUGCACGAGCUUUAUAUUUGCAAUCUGAUCUUCUAGUGCUGGACGAUAUCUUUAGUGGUCUGGACGCGGACACUGAGGAGAAAGUCUUCCAGCAGGUAUUUGGGCCAGAUGGACUGCUCAAGAAACGGGGGUCUACGGUUGUGUUGUGCACCCACAGCAUAAGGCAUCUCCGCGCGGCGGAUCAUAUAAUAGCGCUCGGCGACGGCACUAUUAUUGAGCAAGGUAGCUUUGACAAACUGAUGGCCAGUCAAGGAUAUGUUCAACGUCUGGGAUUGAAAGGCUCUUCCGAUAACGCUGCCUCUACCGAGAAAACGACUUCAAAUAAAAACCCGCAGGAAUCGAAGCCGGAAAUUCUUCAUACUACAAUGACCAAUACAUCGUCCACUGCACCGGACGCUGGUGUGUCGCGGCAAAUUGGCGACAAGACGGUGUACAAGCAUUAUUUUAAGAGCAUGGGAUGGAUUCUGGCAGGAUGCAGCUUGGCUUUCGCUGUUCUUUUUGGUUUCUUCACGAAUUUUCCGACAGUUUGGCUUACAUACUGGACGGAUGACAUCUCGAAGAAAUAUCCAACGCACCCUUACGCUUACUACGCUGGUAUAUAUGCUUUGUUUCAAAUAUGUGCCUUGAUCUCGCUCCUUCUCCUCGGCAUUUGCAUCUUAAUCAUCUCUGUGGAGAGAGCAGGUGCUAGUCUCCACCAGGAUGCCCUACAGACACUUGUUCAAGCACCGCUAUCCUUUUUCACCAAUACGGAUACUGGUGUUGUCACAAAUCUGUUCUCGCAAGAUCUGAACCUUAUUGACACAGAGCUACCAAAUGCAACAUUGAACACUGUCUUUUCCAUCUUUCAAUCGCUCGGACAAGCGGCAGUCAUGCUAACAUCGUCCGUGUACUUGGCCAUAAGCUACCCAUUCCUCGUCGGCCUAUUGUGGGUCUUACAAAUGUUUUACCUUCGGACGUCCAGGCAGCUGAGGUUGUUGGACCUUGAGGCUAAAAGUCCUUUGUACACCCAUUUUCUUGACACUAUCAAGGGAAUUACCACCCUAAGAGCUUUCGGUUUCAUUCCCGGCGAUGUCGACAAGAAUACUCGUCUAAUUGAUGCCAGUCAACGGCCCGCGUAUCUUCUCCUCAUGAUUCAACAGUGGCUGACCCUCGUCCUCGAUAUUGUAGUCAUGGUGCUUGCAGUAGUCAUGACGACUCUGGCCGUUCGGCUCCACUCUAGUUCUGGCUUCGCCGGUGCCUCUUUGUUCUCCCUCAUGAGUUUCGGGGAGAGCAUUUCAGGCAUUGUCAUAUUCUACACCAAGCUAGAGACUUCUAUUGGAGCGAUCGCUCGUCUCAAGAUGUUCACUGAAAACGUCAAGCCCGAGGAUAGAGAUGAAGAGGACAUUGUUCCUCCUGUCCAGUGGCCACAGAACGGUGUGGUGGAAUUAAAUGGCGUAUCUGCGAGCUACAGUGCAGAAAAUCAACCCGACAGCUCGUCCAGCUUAGCCCUCCGCAACAUCAACCUCACUAUCAAGACAGGCGAGAGAGUUGCAAUCUGCGGUCGUACCGGCAGCGGCAAGUCCAGUCUCAUCGCCCUACUUCUCAAACUCCUCAAUCCCACCCCUGAUACAGCUGAGAACGCAAUCAUCGAUAACACACCGCUCCACCGCAUCAACAGGGCUGCACUCCGUGAACACAUCAUCGCAGUACCCCAGGAAGCUGUAUUCCUACCCGAUGGAUCUACCUUCCGAGCGAACCUGGAUCCUUCUAAUGUUUCAACUCCCGAAGAAUGCCAAGUUGUGCUUGUCGCCGUAGAACUGUGGAAGUUUGUUCAAGAGCGGGGUGGGCUGGAUGCAGGCAUGAGCGCGGGGACACUCAGCGCGGGACAAAGGCAACUCAUGUCGCUUGGGCGCGCGUUGCUGAGACGUUUUAUUCGGGCGCGGAAUGGCUCAGAUUGCGGUAUAUUGUUGCUGGAUGAGGUGAGCUCCAGUGUUGACCACGAGACAGAACGUGUUAUGCAGGAGAUUAUCCGGGUGGAGUUUAAGGAAUACACGAUCAUAGCAGUCAGUCAUCGGUUGGACAUGAUCAUGGACUUUGAUAGGGUUGUUGUCAUGGAUAAGGGGGAGAUUGUUGAGGUUGGGAAUCCUGUGGUGCUGGCUGGACAGGCGGAGACGAGGUUUGGAGAUUUGGUUCUGGCUGGGGCUAAGUAG